UUCCCCUGUUAUCUAGCCACCUCGGGCCUGGGCUUACCAGGCCUUAGGGCAAAUCCACCGAUAUAGGAUAUAUUUUCUAUAGUAAAAAUGGGAAAAGUUUGCAUCGUAAACAGUUGCCAAAGUGGGCGUAAGGGGAAAAAACAGAAAAAUGUUACGAAGCCCGUAACAUUUUUCCAACCAACGACACCGGCACGGUUAGAAAGUUGGAAGAAGUCGUUAGGAAUUGCAUUAAAAGCAAAUGAUUAUAUUUGCUAUCUUCAUUUUAAAGAAGAAACUAUAAAUAUGUACGAAAAGUUAAUUAUUAAAGGAGAGCUCAAAUAUAUUCCUACACAAAGAAAGACGCUUAAGGAAGAAGCUGUGCCCACGAUUGAGCAUCAGUUUAUUCCCAUUCCCGAACAUGAACUCCAAGCCAAUACUAUUCAUGUAGAGGAAUCUUUCGAACCAUACCCCAAUCAACCUAAGGACGAGCAGCAACAACAAAUCAAUGCCGAGCAACAGGAAUUAUCAGUAGAUCAAAAUGAUUCUAAUAAUUUAAUGGAUUGUGAAAUGAUACAACAGGUCUUUGCGGAACCAUUGUUGAGUCAAUAUCAAGAUGUAACAAUAAAUCCAAUAGACAAUUUUAAAAGUAAGUUUCGGGCCUUUUCGUUUUUGCCGCCUUUUUGGCUACAUGCAGAAAAUUCAAGUGGGCUGGAAUUUAUGCGAAUGGAUCCAACAACUCAGCAGAUUAGACAUCAUAUACGUUUAAACGAUGAUCUAACUAUCACUGUAAGUGUUUAUUGAUGUAACA